GAGACGUCAUCUGCACGCGACUGCAGGCAGCCGGCAGCUGUUUGAGUCCCACAACAACAGGAGGAUUUAUAUCAUGUUAUUCAACGAUUGAGUAUAUUACUUUUAAAUGUUCAGAGAUACUUUCUCUGCUUUAGUCAGUGAGUGUAAAGUAAUAUAAUAUAAUAACACCCCGCUGUGAACAGGCUAACUGUCUGCAGACACACGUGGUAACGUGCAGGCUUUUUUAAUCAUUUACUUUAAAGAUAAUUAGCUUAAAAACCAACAAAGGGACCUUUUGAAAAUGUCCCGGAAGAAAAACGGUAUACCGGACAGAUGGCUGGAUUACAAAGCCGUUGGGAAAAGACUUCACGGGACGCGUUUCAUCGCCUUCAAAGUGCCGCUGAAGCAGGCUUUGAACCGUCAGCUUCCAUGUUCGGACGUGUUCAGUCUCUGGGAGCUGCUGGACACUCUGAACGAAGAACACCAAGAGCUGGGUUUGAUCAUCGACCUGACGUUCACCACCCGCUACUACAGACUUCAGGACGUCCCAGAGUCCCUGCUGUUUGUCAAGAUCUUCACAGCCGGUCACCAGGUUCCCAGCGACGACGCAAUCCUGAGCUUCAAACGAGCCGUACGCACGUUUCUACGAGACAACGCAGAGAACGACAAGCUGAUCGGGGUGCACUGCACCCACGGCCUGAAUCGCACCGGCUAUCUGAUCUGCAGGUAUCUGAUAGAUGUUGACGGGAUGGACCCUAAAGAGGCAGUAAAGUUGUUCAACUCCUCGCGGGGCCAUGCGGUGGAAAGACAGAACUAUCUGGAAGAUUUACAAUGUGGACCGAAGAGGAGUAACGAGGGGAUGGAGGAGGCUGAGCAGAAGCCAAUGAGAGGUCUUGCUGCACAUCGGCCGAGUUACACCCAGUCGGACUCUGACAGCCGAGAGGAGACACGGCCGCAAUCUGUUGACUCGCGGUACCACAGCAGAUCUUUCCCUCCACGAGGAACAACCCACCGCUCACAUCCCCACCACCCACAGGACGGCUUUCUUCCCAGUCCAUCAUUACUGCUUCUGCCUCCACCCACGGGCGGCGCCCUCAACCCCUAUCGAUGGACGCCAGCGCAUUCUGACAGUCAGUGGAGGAGACCCCUCUGCUCCGAGGAGAGCAGGUCCAGGUAUCCUCCUCCAGAACCGGAGAGGAGGUCCAGAUAUCCUCCACCAGCACCAGAGAGCAGGUCCAGGUAUCCUCCUCCAGCGCCGGAGGGCAGGUCCAGGUAUCCUCCUCCAGCGCCGGAGGGCAGGUCCAGGUAUGCUCCACCAGCACCAGAGAGCAGGUCCAGGUAUCCUCCUCCAGCGCCGGAGGGCACGUCCAGGUAUCCUCCUCCAGCACCAGAGAGCAGGUCCAGGUAUCCUCCACCAGCACCAGAGAGCAGGUCCAGAUAUCCUCCACCAGCACCAGACAGCAGGUCCAGGUAUGCUCCUCCAGCGCCGGAGAGCAGGUCCAGGUAUGCUCCACCAGCACCAAAGAGCAGGUCCAGGUAUGCUCCACCAGCACCAGAGAGCAGGUCCAGGUAUGCUCCACCAGCACCAGAAACCAGGUCCAGGUAUGCUCCACCUGCACCAGAAAGCAGGUCCAGGUAUGCUCCACCAGCACCAGAGAGGAGGCCCUCCUCCCGCCUGCAGGAGGACAGAAGAAGAGCUCCUCAUCCCCUCCCUCGUUACUCUGCAGUCUGGACCAACGAGUCCAACGGCCAUGACAGACCUGAGGGGGACUAGACCGGUCCCAGGAUGAGACAGCACUGCACACAAACACAUAGUGAACGUGUGAGCACGAGUGAAGCCCAGGACGCUGAACACUCCACAGUUCUCACCAGCUGACUGUAGAGCUGAAGACUGCAGCCACAGAACCACCUUCUUCAUGGGUCCAUUGAUAUGAAGCUAUAACUUAGAUGAGGUGGUGCUCUGAUCAGUCUACAUGUUUAAAGGGACUGUUCAACUAAACUAAAGAUUUUAACUGAAAUUACAAAACGUUUUCCCAAUAAAGGAGAAGUUCACACAUUUUAAUUAGAGAUGCCGGUCUACACACACUGCAGUAAUACAACAGGUAACAGUGUUGAUGUGAGUCAUGAAGUGGGGAAGCUUCAUGAUAUCUGUUAGUUACAUGUUUGACCC